AUGGGUAUUCACGGUUUGUGGCCGCUGUUGGAACCUACUGCUCAACCAGUAACGCUAGAAUCUUUAGAGGGGAAACGUUUUGCUGUCGAUGUUUCAAUAUGGCUACAUCAGGCUGCAUGUGGCUAUGGAGCAUAUAAUCUUGAAUCUCGUUCUCCUCACUUAGCACUGUUAAUCAAUCGUCUUUCGAAAUUACUUUUUUAUAAAAUCCGACCAGUUUUUGUUUUUGAUGGUAGUCAAGUACCAGUUUUCAAGCAAAAAAUUUUGCGUGACCGUCAAGUAAAACGCCAUUUGGAAGAAAUGACGCUAACAAAAGCGCAGAAAAGGGCUUUGAAACGCGCGUUCUGCUCACAAGAUGUUGAUGAAAAUUCACAAGAAAAGUGGAAAAAGGCGUUGACAGAGAGUAUGAAGGUCCGAGAAGAAGAUCGUAUGUUUGAUAUCCCUUCAACAAGUGGUCUAUCCAGUUCAUCUAAGAAGGUGAAAUCGGAAGUUUCUGAUGAUGAAAUAAAAAUUGUUUACGCAUCGAAAACUAAGACGAGUUCUGAUUCAGACGAAGAGGGUCUUCUGGACGAAUUGCUCACUCGUGAUGAAAGAGUUGAACGUCUAAUUAUGCAGCGAGAUCGUGCACGAGGAGUGCGCCUUACUGCUGACGAGGUUCCAGAUGAUUCUUUGGCAUUUUGUGGCUUCCAGUUAGGCCGUUUAUUAAAGCGAAAACGCAUUAAUGAUCAAAUCAGUGAAUUGAAACGAGAGGCUCUCGGCGUUGGGCGAGGAAGUGAUGGUCAAAAGAACGAAACUGUAAAGUUAGCUGUUUUGGAAGGACGGAACAGAGGACAUUUUUUGUUGAUGGAUAACGACGUACAGGUUAUUGAAGAAGAGAGUUCAUCAUCUCAGCUGAAAACAUGCGAAUCGCUUACGUGGCCUGCGAAUUUGGAUCGUAUGAAGAGAGAAGUAGAAAGACAGAGCAACAUGACCAAAGAUUUGAGCAGUGAGCCUACAUUUUCCGGUAGUGACGAGGACGAGGAAGAAAGAGAUGAAGCUCUCCAACGCGCCAUUGCUGCAUCUUAUGCAGAGUCAAGAAGGAAGAAAUCACAUACAUAUCAGGAACCGAAGGAAUCAAAAAGCGACGUUGUUGAUCGGAUUCGAAACGCUUUUGUCACACGUAGACAAGAUUUGCUCUGUGAUACGUGGUCUGACAGUGAGCAGUCAAGUACGGAGAGUGAUGAGUUUAUUGAUGUUGUUGGUGCAGGCUAUUUACAGUCGUCUUCUUCUGCACCAGAUGGUGAAAAUGACGAGCUAAAACCUGCUUUGAGCCGUGGUGCUUCAAAGGCUAAGCAUAAUGAAGAAAGUAGUGUACAGAAACAAGGGUGCACUCAAAAAAUUCAACCACCAUCUACUAAAGAAGAGGAGGAGGACUGGAAUCCAAGUUAUCUUUCGGAAUAUGAUGGGAAGAGAAGUAGUUUUGUUUCCCGAGUUGCCAUUGAAGAAAAAAUAGAAGCUGAAAGAAAGUUAGAAGGGGUUUAUAAGGAAUGCCAGAUUUUAUUGCGGUAUUGUGGCAUACCGUUUGUCAUUGCGCCUGCGGAAGCAGAAGCUCAGUGCUGUGAGCUGGAGAAACUUGGUUUAGUUCAAGGUAUCAUAUCUGACGACUCUGACGUUUGGUUGUUUGGUGCUGCGAAUGUUUAUAGACAUAUGUUUAAUCAGAAGCGAAGACUCCAAAUGUAUUCAAGUGAAACAAUCCGUAAAGAGCUAGGGAUUACGCGUUCGGAAAUGAUUCAAAUUGGAAUGCUGUCAGGAGGAGAUUAUACACCAGGAUUGGAAAAUGUUGGUGUAGUAACAGCUUUGGAACUGAUUUCAGAGUUUUCUUCGACUGCGUCAGAUGACUUUUUUAAAGUAGACGAUGCAUACGAAGUUUUAAAGCGCAUAUCCAUUUGGAUUAAUCGCAACAAAAGUUCUUCAAAUGAUUCGACAUCUCUCGAGAAAGAAAUUGUCUCGAAGUGCGGCAUUCUCAAGAACCAGACAGAAGACCUUACAGUUGUUGAAGAAGGCAAGAAAAGGGCCUCAGGAGGUUUUGAAACCGCAAGACGUUUGAAACUUCGCCGUAUAAUAGAGGAAAAUAAUGAAGCCGACGUUCUGGAAAAUUUUCCAUCAGCGGAAGUGUUCCAAGCUUAUGCCCACCCUUUGGUUGAUCAUUCUGAAGAGAAUUUUAGCUGGGGAAUCGUUGACGAAGGAAAACUUGAGGCGUUUGUUUGGGAAAAGUUGGGAUGGGACCCUGAUCGUUUGAAGAAGCAGUCUCAUAAUUCCCUGCAUAAGUGGAACGAAUAUGUAAGGAAAUCGGCAGGUGGUGGAGGCGGAAGUUACCAGAUGCAUAUUACUUCCUAUGCACACACGUUGCAGAAAUCUGGAGAUGAUCAACUGUUAGCUCCUUCUGCUCGUGUCACUGCUGCACUGAAACGUCUAGCCGCGGUGAAAAAGAACGUUGUAUUUCCUUCACUUAUUACUCGUGCAAGUUAUGUCUCAGACACCGAAAAGAACCCCUCUUCAUCUGGCGCUGUUGACACAGUCGCAGAGAAGGGUGAGAGGACAGAAAGUGCGAUGGCGACAGAAACGAUGACUGUGAAGAACAGAAAUAAGCGGAAGGCGCGUCAGACGAAAAGUGCUGCAGUUGGAGAAAGAGGAAGCAACAUCAAGUCUGAAUUUGGAAGGAAGUGUGGUGGUAGAAGAGGUCGUGCUCGUAAAGGAGGGAAUAAGAAAGUGAAGCUAGAAAAAGAAGUCGAGAGCACCAAUGAGCUUUCUUUAUCAGAGUCUUCAGACGAAAAUCAGCUUUCAGGUAUUUUAUACUGUUCUCAGUUGUGUUGUCAUGAUGUCAACUUUGCUCAUAUUGAGAAGCAUGUUUACAAAUCAAGUUUCUUAACAGUGAUGUGUCGUGGUAGUUACACCAGGGGGUUGGACAUAUUACUUUCUGCUACUGUAGUGUUUGUUUGGACAUCUCAACUUUCUACUUCAUUGACUAGUCGAAUGUUAGUAACGGAAUGA